GUAGUCAAAAACAGUUUGCCAGCAUUAAGUUCGAUAUAUCACCGUUCAUAAAAUGUCGUAGCUCUGUCUCAGUGAGAGUAACACUUUGGAGAUCGGUGCAAUCCGGUGCAGUUGUUAUAAACAAUGAGCACAUGCAUGAGAGCGUAAAACCGGCUGUGGAAGAAGGAAAAAAUCGGUUGCCAUCGGUGCGAAUGUUGCUCGACAAUGCGGUGUGUGAGGAAUACAGGUCGGCCUUUCGAAAUUCAUGAAUACUUCUCGACUUGUAAUUCCAGCCGAUUGAAAAUUCAUUACUCCCUCGUCAUCUGAAUAUUUUACGGGAAGUUUUGCUUUCAAUAUCUUUUGCGAUAGUUCGAUACGAACAUGAAUUCACGCUGCUAGAAGUUGGUACUGGUACGUGACAGAAACGAGGACUAGUUCAUAACUAUUCUUCUCUAAUGGUAUUCAUCGCCAGAGCCCAUCUCUCCUCUGCCCUGAAUACUCGUGUCGCACGUCAUCUCCUAUUUGAACUGCUUGAAUUUGAAUACUUGUGAUAGUCAUGUAGAAGCUGAUUGAUACUCUCAUCUGUUUAUUUAUUUAUUUUUUUAUAGACCCUUCAUCAUUCUAUUUCUUUUUCUCACAAAGCACCUUACGGUCAGGAGAAAAUAAAAAUGGUGUUUGGUUCUUCGGAUCGUGGUGAUUUGACGAUCGACAUUCCCAGAGUUGGUCUUGGCGUGCUGCCAGAACCACCGGCAGCGGCCGCGAUGCAAUGGGCCAAGUAUGCGAGGGAAGCCUUCGAUCAGGUUCGCUCCUCUACAGCCGCAGUGAAACGCGCAGCAAGUGAAGCUGCAAAAUGGGCGGCUGUCGCUAAAGUAUCACUCUUUGUUUAGAUCAUUCUUUUCCUGAUUCUUCCCAUUCUAGGAUUAUGAGACGAAACAGGAAAAAGUAACUCAUCGAAGAUAGCUCUAGGUAUAUUCCUUUUUUUGGUUCUUGUUCUUACGAUAGAUCGACGAAUUAAUGAAUAAGAAAUAGCCGAAAGAUAGCAGUACCGAAUGGAUUUUAUAUCACAAGUAGUUUUUAUGAUAUGCGUAAGAGUUUACUUUCGGAUACCGCUGAGAACUACAUCCUGUACUGCCUACAACAGCAAGCAUCCGCGAUGAGUGCUCAGCAGCAAGCGAUGAAGGAACAGGCAGCCGCCGCCGUGAUAGCGGAACAGUUAGGCUAUCACGGAGAUCCAGUAGGUGUGCCAACUGCGAAUGUUUACGGAGAAGUCGUGCCGACUGCUCCGCCAUACUCUUUCAAUUACCCGAACCCGCCUCCCCCGGCAACGAUGGCCUCGAUGGGUUUUGGCGAUGUGCUCUUGGUUCUCCAAAAUUUGCUCGGGAAAAAAGGAGACGGCGAUGAACCUCCAGAAACGGUAAAGAUAAAGAAUAAGAAGAGAGAACAAGAAGGUCCAGGUGGAGAUGAGCUACAGAAGAUAAAAAGAAUGUGCAAUGUUUUGUAUGGUACUGACGCUAGACUGUCGGGGGAAGAAGAAAAUGAAGAAGACGGAAAAUUGAUGGAAGAGGAAGAUGCACAUGCCAUGCUUCACGCUGAUGCCAGAUUGAAUAUCACUCAAACAAAGAGUACAGAAGACCUUUCUAGAGGAUGCUCCGCCCGGAGAUAUGCUUUUCAUGACUUUCUAUUUCAACCGCCGUGAAGAUAAUAAAGACACGAUGUGCUAAAUUCUCUGCUUCAUGUGUAUGAAAGAG